GUGCAGCCGCGGGGUGCACACUCGCCACCCCUCCUCGGGGCUGCUCCCUCCUGCAGGUCCUGGCAGCUGGCCCAGGCACCCCGACACCCCACCUCGAGGGAGACACAGCAGCAGCUUCACCGAGGCCACCGAGGCUCUGCCCAACGCGGGCGCUGUUGAGGCUGCUGGUGGCUCAGCUGUGCUCAGAUGGAUGGGACAGAGGCCCGACAGCGGAGGCCAGAGGAGCUGGGGCUGCCACACACGCUCAGCACUGGACAACUCCCUGCAGCCUCAGAAGAUGGAACUCUGAGUGUACCUGAGGGCCCCAGGGUGGCCCCUAAACCACUGGGGACUGAGCUCAGCAGGGAGACCGCCUUGUCCAUUGGCCUUCAGGUGACAGUGCCCUUCGUGUUUGCGGGCCUGGGACUGUCUGGGGCAGGCAUCCUUUUGAACUAUUUCCAGGACUGGCCCGUGUUCGUGGAGGUAAAAGACUUGCUGACGCUGGUGCCACCCUUGGUGGGCCUGAAGGGCAACCUGGAGAUGACGCUGGCGUCGCGGCUCUCCACGGCGGCCAACGUGGGGCACCUCGACGAGCCGCAGGAGCAGCACAGGGUCAUCAGCAGUAACCUCGCCCUCAUCCAGGUGCAGGCCACCGUGGUGGGGCUCCUGGCUGCUGGGGCUGCCCUGCUGCUGGGCGCCGUGUCCAGGCAGGAACUGGACCUCACGACGGCAGAGGUGCUGUGCGCCAGCAGUGUCCUCGCCGCCUUCCUGGCGGCCUUCGCCCUGGGAGUGCUGAUGGUCUGUAUCGUGAUCGGAGCGCGAAAGCUCGGGGUCAACCCGGACAACAUUGCCACGCCCAUCGCGGCCAGCCUGGGGGACCUCAUCACCUUGUCCCUGCUGGCCUUCGUCAGCAGCUUCUUCUACAAACACAGAGACAGUCGGUACCUGACGCCGCUGGUCUGCGGGGGCUUCGCGGCCCUGACCCCGCUGUGGGUCCUCAUCGCCCGGCAGAGCCCACCCGUCCUGAAGGUCCUCAAGUUUGGGUGGGUCCCCAUCGUCCUGGCCAUGGUCAUCAGCAGAACCCAGCUCCCUGUAUCCCGAGGGGCAGCCCUGCUCACAGCGCCAGGGAGCCCGAGGUGCAGCUUCGGAGGCCUCAUCUUGAACAAAACUGUCUCCAGCCAACAGUACAAAGGCAUGGCCGUGUUUGCUCCCGUUGUGUGCGGUGUUGGUGGCAACCUGGUGGCCAUUCAGACCAGCCGUGUCUCCACCUACCUGCACGUGUGGAGUAUGCCCGGGGUCCUGCCCCUCUGGAUGAAAAAACUCUGGCCUGACCCAUGCUCCACGUUCUGCACCUCAGGUGCUCAGUGCACGCCCGAGUGGGAGCAGGGUGACCGUGCGCCUCCCCGGAGACCCACGUGCCACAGCUCAUGCCCUUGGCUGUCUCCUCCAGAAGUCAACGCCACGUCGGCCCGCGUCCUGCUCUUGCUAGCGGCUCCAGGCCACCUGCUCUUCUUCUACAUUGUCCGCCUGGUGGAAGGCCCGACGGUCCCCAGUGACAAGACCUUCGUGGUGCUCUACCUGCUAGCAGGCCUGGUCCAGGUGACGGUCCUGCUGUACCUGGCGGAAGUGGCGGUGCGGCUGACGUGGCACCAGGCCCUGGACCCGGACAGCCACUGCAUCCCCUACCUCACGGGGCUGGGAGAUCUGCUAGGCACCAGCCUCCUGGCACUCUGCUUCCUCAGCCACGGGCUCCUGACGGGAGGCCUCUCAGGACCAGUGCCCGGACCUUCCUAGGAGCUCAGGAGUCCAGCUGCGCUGUGCAACGUCCCCUGUGCCCGUAGGAGCAGGACGCAGCCUCCCCGGCUGGGCCCUCGUGUGGAUGCCUGUCAGGGGCUGAGACGCACAUUGGUGGGUGCAUGUGGAGGGCAGGUGACCGGAGAUGCUGGAGGAAGAGGCGUGCCUGCACUUCGGUGGGGACACCUGGGUUGGGAU